AUGUCUGGAUAUGCUGAUUACAUGUGUGCUAAAAAUAUUCUAAUAGCUCAUGCGAGCGUGUAUCAUUUGUAUAAUAAUGAAUUUCGUAAAGAUCAAGGUGGUCAGAUUGGUAUAAGUCUCAGUGCUGAAUGGUAUGAACCCCAAACAAAAGACGAUGUUGAAGCUGCAGAAAAUCUUAUACAAUUCGAGGUGGGAAUCUUUGCCAAUCCAAUAUUUUCUGAAGCUGGAAAUUAUCCAUCAGUAGUAAAAGAAAGAAUAGCAGCGAGGAGUCAGGCUCAAGGAUUUUUAAGAUCUAGGCUGCCAGAACUCACUCCUGAAGAAGUUGCUUUUAUUAAAGGAAGUUCUGACUUCUUUGGUUUGAAUCAUUACUCUACCGUCAUAACUAAUAGAAAUGAAUCUAUGUCUGAAAAUUCCAAUUCACCAUUUUACUACGAUGAUGUAGGGAUUACCCCUGACCAAUCGAGCCGUAUAAAGGCACCUUGGGGGUUAUAUAAGAUUUUAAGAAAAAUAAGAGAGGAGUACAACAACCCUGCAAUCAUUAUUUCUGAGAAUGGUUUUUCAAAUCAAGGCGGUCUAAUUGACGAUGACCGCAUACAUUACUUCAGGACAUACAUUAAUGCUGUGCUCGAUGCUAUUGACGAUGGAUGUGACGUGAGGGCUUACACUGCUUGGAGUUUAAUGGACAACUUUGAAUGGGCGCUUGGAUAUACUGAACGUUUGGGACUAUACGAGGUGGACUACGAGAGUCCUGAACGCACCCGCACUCCUCGCAAGUCUGCUUACUUCUACAAGGAGAUGCUGCGCACACGAACACUGGACUAUCAUUAUGAACCUGAUAUGAGCUUGGGAAUAAGUGUCGUUAGUAACUAA